UCAUCCCCCUUUCUUCUUCUCUCUCCUCUCUCGCACUGUUCUUCCUCAUCUCCCUCUCUCUCGCUGUUCGUCCCUCUCUUCGUCUCCCUCGCUGGGUUCUUCGCGGAUCCUUGUCGAGGUGUGCAAGCGAAGGGAGCGGGUGUGUGCAAGCGAACGUGCUGGUGUGUGGGUGAGCGAGCGAGUCCGUGUGUUCGAGGGACGUGCGGGCUGCGAGCGACGAAGCUGGUGCGAGGCUCGGGUGCGAGCAAAGGAGCGAGCAGGAGGGGCGUUGUGCGACGAAGCUCGAAGUGCGAGUCGAGUGGUUCAAGUGUUGAGCGAGGGACGACGAAGGCUUGCGCGAGGUUGUUGCUGCUGCUGCUGUGCGAGCUGUGCGACGAAGCUCGAAACGUGCGCUGCUGCUGCUGUGCGAGUGGUGCGACGAAGUUGUUGCCCCGUUGCCGGAAAUCGGUCGCCGGAAAUUGAUUGCCGGCGAGCUUAACGGUCCCAAUUUCAUAAGCGGAACGUUCGAUUAAGACAGCGAAAAUUCUCCGUUACAAGGGUCAAAUGGACUAUAGAAGGAACUACAGUGCAGCAGAGUCAAACAUGAGAAACAAAAAGAAAGAAAAGGAAGAGGAUUUAUUUGGCGAUGAUAUGGGCGGAGAUUUUCGCUUGCCAAUCUACCACCGGCCUACCGAGAAUGUUGAUUUAGAUAAUGUUGAGCAAGCAUCAGAGGACAAGCAUAUGUCAUCAUCUAAUAUUGGGUUCAAGCUUCUUCAGAAAAUGGGAUGGAAAGGAAAGGGACUGGGAAAGGAUGAGCAGGGUAUAAUUGAACCAAUAAAGUCUGGCUUGAGAGAUCCGAAAUUAGGGAUCGGAAAGCAAGAAGAAGAUGAUUACUUUACCGCAGAAGAAAAUAUUCAGCGCAAAAAGCUUGAUAUUGAGAUGGAGGAGACGGAGGAAGUUGCAAGGAAGAGAGAGGUGUUGGCAGAACGGGAGCAGAAAAUUCAAACUGAGGUGAAAGAAAUACGCAAAGUAUUUUUCUGUGAUCUGUGUAACAAGCAAUACAAGUUGGCUAUGGAAUUUGAAGCUCACCUAAGCUCCUAUGACCACAAUCAUAGAAAGCGCUUCAAGGAGAUGAGAGAGAUGCAUGGUAGCAGUCGUGAUGAUCGGCUAAAGCGAGAACAGCAACGACAAGAGAAAGAGAUGGCCAAGUUUGCCCAAAUUGCUGAUGCUCGCAAGCAACAGCAAAUGCAAGAGCAAGAGCAGCCUGGAAGUGCUCCUGUUACGAAUGCAACAAAAGCAACUGCUGCACCUGUUGAUAAUGAUCAGCGGAAAGCACUGAAGUUUGGCUUUUCCGCUAAAAGUGGCACAUCUAAAAGCUUAUUCGGGGGUGCUGCUAAGAAGCCAAAAGUACCAGUUCCUUCUAUCUUUGGCAAUGAAAGUGACGAAGAUCAGUCAUGACGGCAAGAUUUCUCUGGCUGAACAAUUAUUGCGGCUGUCCAGAUGAUGCUUCUCAUCAGAUAGCAUCUUCACCUCUUGUUUUAGUUUCUUUUCUUUCCGUGGUUUGUAAGUUAAUAUGCAAGUGUGAGAAACAGAGUUAAGAUACCUUCAGUGUCAUUGCUGUGUUGCUGUUCGAAUUGUUUUCAAUUUCACUUAAUCCCGCGCCCUUUCUGAUUCAUAGUUGUUGCUAAGUUUCUUUUCAUGUUAUUUUGCUCACAACUAUUGAUUUCGUUGUCCAAAAUAUUGUCAAUCUGCGACUCUUUGUAGUGAGGCAAUUUGAGAUGACCUCGUCCUAUUACUUCAAAAUUUAUUUCUGUAUUGUUUUGUUCAA